AUGGAGAUAUCACAAUCUUGUGAAGGAAUUUUCUUGUCCCAAAAGAGGUAUGCCUUGAAUCUGUUAAAAAGGUUCAAGCUUGACAAGUGCAAAGCUGUUGGAACUCCACUUGUUAUGAAUGAAAAAUUAACGAAGGAUGAUGGCGAAGAGAGGGAAAAUCCAAAAGUUUAUAAAAGUCUUAUUGGAAGUCUAUUGUAUCUAACAACUUCUAUGCCAGACAUAAUGUUCGCUGUUAGUUUGUUAUCUCGAUAUAUGCAAAGUCUCAGCACUAAGCAUUUUGGAGCCGCUAAAAGGGUGUUACGGUACAUUAGAGGAACGAUUAAUUAUGGAAUCUGGUAUAGAAAUGUGGAGAAUGGAGCUCUUAUUGGCUAUUCAGAUAGUGAUUGGGGUGGAUGCAUUUUUUCUUGGAGCAAAAAGAAGCAAGAUAUUGUAGCACACUCUUCAGCAGAAGCCGAGUAUGUGGCUGCUGCAUCUGCUACAAAUCAAGCAAUUUGGUUAAGAAAGAUCUUUUUGGAAUUGUAA